CGCUCCCCCCCAGCGCGGCGGAGUUCGAGCCGGUGCGGCGGCGGCCGGGCUGCGAUGCCCUGUUAGCCGGCGGCCCGCCCCGAGGUAGCGCCGGCGGGCAGGAGCGCGAGUUGCCGGAGCUGUGGCUGACACCAUGGGCACCGGGCGGGGGGGCGAGGCGGCCGGGCUCCCUGCGCUCCUCGGCUGAGCCCGGGGAUGUGCCGGCGCCCGGAGGAAUUAUUUUGGAACUAGCACGGAGCGGUGGGAGGAGGACGAGCGGCACAGCGUUUCUCAGCUGCGAGGAGGUCGUCCGGCGGUGCUGUAUAGGCAAACAAAUAUCACUUGCUGUGUCAUAGCACAUGGAUUUCAGGACCGCCUGUGAAGAGACAAAGACAGGGGUUUGUUUGCUGCAGGAUGGUAACCAGGAGCCUUUCAAAGUGCGACUGCACUUAGCCAAAGAUAUUUUGAUGAUCCAGGAGCAGGAUGUGAUCUGUGUGUCUGGUGAGCCUUUCUAUUCUGGUGUAAGUAGUCUUUAUUUAUUCUUUAAGAUGUUCUUUACAAAGAAAAAGUGCUAUGUGUAUGUGUGUGGGUGCAUACAUGCAUCUGUAUGCAUUUCCUCCCAUGGAUUGGCAUUUCAUUUUGUACUGUUAACACUAAGUUUAAGCAAAAAGAUAUUUUUAGUGACUGACAAACAUUGCCAUUUAUUUUGUUUUCAGGGUGGAGCAGAACAUAAUAUUCCAGUGGUCAUUUCUAAGAUUUCCAAAGAACAAAGAGCGGAACUCUCAGGUUUGCUCUUUAUAGGAGAUGCAAUUCUACAGAUUAAUGGAAUUAAUGUGAGAAAAUGCAGGCAUGAAGAAGUGGUACAAGUCCUUCGCAAUGCAGGGGAAGAAGUGACCCUAACUGUGUCCUUUCUGAAAAGAGCACCUGCUUUUCUCAAACUGCCGCUGAAUGAAGAUUGUGCAUGUGCUCCCAGUGACCAAAGCAGUGGCACAUCCUCUCCUCUGUGUGACAGUGGUUUGCAUCUCAACUACCACCCCAACAACACGGAUACAUUAUCAUGUUCCUCAUGGCCAGCAUCUCCAGGACUUAGGUGGGAGAAGAGGUGGUGUGAUCUUCGAUUAAUUCCACUUCUUCAUUCACGAUUUUCCCAGUACCUUCCAGGAUCAGAUUUGUGCAGGCAAAAUGCAUUCCAAGUAAUUGCUGUGGAUGGGGUUUGCAGUGGAAUAAUUCAGUGUCUCUCUUCUGAAGACUGUAUUGACUGGCUACAAGCAAUAGCAAGUAACAUUUCCAACCUCACAAAGCACAAUAUUAAAAAAAUCAACAGGAAUUUUCCCGUAAACCAGCAGAUAGUCUACAUGGGCUGGACGGAAGAACGGGAACAAGACUCCCUUCAGGACCGAAUGUACACACCAAAGUUUCUAGCACUGAGGGGAGCUUCUCUGUAUAAAUUUAUAGCACCUCCAGUCACAACCUGGGAUUGGACACGAGCUGAGAAAACAUUUUCAGUUUAUGAGAUAAUGUGCAAAAUUCUCAAGGACAGUGAUCUACUGGACCGUCGGAAACAUUGCUUCAGUGUCCAGUCUGAAUCUGGAGAAGAUCUUUACUUUUCUGUGGAACUAGAAUGUGACCUAACACUAUGGGAAAAAGCCUUUCAAACAGCAACUUUUUUAGAAGUUGAACGGAUACAGUGCAAGACGUAUGCCUGUGUUUUAGAGAGUCAUCUUAUGGGACUUACCAUCGACUUCAGCAUGGGCUUUGUCUGUUUUGAUGCUGCCACAAAGGCUGUGCUUUGGAGGUACAAGUUUUCCCAGCUCAAAGGUUCUUCAGAUGAUGGAAAGAGCAAAAUAAAAUUUUUGUUCCAAAACCAAGAUACUAAACAAAUCGAAGCAAAGGAGCUGGAGUUUUCUAACCUGUUUGCAGUUCUUCACUGUAUCCACUCAUUCUUUGCAGCCAAAGUGGCUUGUUUGGACCCUUUGUAUGUAGGCAGCCAAGCCACAGCUUCUGCUGCUCCCACAACUUCUGGUACUGGCAAAAUAAAGUAUUCUACUUGACAUCCCCCAUGACAGCACUGCCACUUAACAACGAGACAUAAAAAUGUAUAAAUAUUCAUAAGAUUUAGACCUUUGGUGAACCAUGUAUGUGGAAACCAAUCCUGGAGGCAAGACAUCUUGCAGCAUCAGCAGAUAAAUGGUCACGUGGGAUCGUAAUUUCAUCUCUGUUCUGCAAGACAUCAGUAAAUAAUCCUAGUCAAAACCCCAGAAUAGGAUGGAUAUGCUUUUAGUAUUAUCUAUUUGUACUUACAUAGUGCUUUAAGCAGCAUUGGAAGCAAAGGAAUAAAUGGCAAAAUGAAGCACUUGAGUAUUUAAUAAAAUUUUCAAAUUGCUGUAAUAAUACACAAAUAGAAUUGUCAUUUUCCUCUUUUCAGAUGUUUUUUAAUGACAAUAUACUAAACUUUGAGUAUGAACAUAAUGCCCUAUCAUUAUAUUAUGAGAGCAAGCAUACAGUACAUGGUGACAAAGGAGAUAAGCAUGAAAAGACAUUUGUGUAAGUACCUCCUCAAAUAAGAAAGCACUUUAAGCACUGUUGUAAAUCCAUACUCAUGUUCAUACGUGGAAUCAUGCUACUUUUUCCAUUUUAUUCUAUUCAUCUAAAAGUAACAACUGCAGACAUAUAGCCAUGCUGGUCUGAUACAUUAAAAACAAAGCAAACAAGCCACAAAAAGAAAAAAUACUUUUCCAUGGGUAAGUACCUCUUCUUCAAGUAAAAAUAAUGGCAUAUUAUUUUAAUUUUAAUUCUAAAUUAAGUGCAAGUCCAAAAACAAUGUGCCAUCUAUUUAUUUCCUCUGUUUUUUUUUAUUAAGAAUUAAAUACCAUAAAUCCAACUGUCUUUGUUCACAAGAGUUUGAAAUUGUUUCAGAAAACCCAUCUAAUUCAUUGUUUCCAUAGUUAACCUUGAUUUCACAUCAUAGGUAGAAUUUAUGUUUCAUUUAAACUCUAAACAAACAGACUUUUUUCAUUAUGCUUGAAAAGUUAUUUUACCAUUUGAAUUUUUAAUAAGUUAUUUAUAUAUAUAUAUAUAUAGAUAGUACAAUGGGAAUAAAUUGAACAAACUAUAAAGAAUGCAUUACAGAAUGCAUAAUUUCUUUGUUUUUUAAGACCUUUGCAUCACUCUGAAUCAAGUACUAGUUUCUGAGUAUCAUUUAAUGAUGAAAUAUAAAGGACUUGUAAGUUUAAAAUUAAUAACUUUGUUUUAUUGUGAUUUUGUAAUAUAAUUUAAUUUUGCACUAUGUCACACAUGAGUGAAGAUGAUGGAAAAAAGGUAUACAUUUUCAGUAGCAGUUUUGGGGGUUUCUAUUUAUUGUAUUGAAAUCAAAAUAUCUGGGGAGGGGAGGGGAACUCAUCACUUUCAAAGGUCUUCUGGUACACACGUUCUUCCUAUUAGUACACCUCCAAGGACUACACAUUUUUUUUCCAUCCUAAAUUCAUUGGAAUGAUGUAACAAUCCAGCUAUUAAAUACUCUUAAGUGGUAUCAAAAUCCAAUGUUUUCAUAGGCACCAUAAUGAAGUUUUUAAUAAGGAUUGUCCCUAAAUAUGGGGGUCACAUCUGAAGGACAGAUAAAAAUGCCAUGGCUAUCCAUAGGAUCUCAAGCUUGAGACACAAACCCCAGAUAUUUUAAAUUUAAAGCUAUAACAGUUUAAGAGGUUUAACAAUGGUAACUCAGGCACUGCCCUUGUCUAGAAAGCAUAUACUGGAAACACAAAUUUUGGCAGCGCGUUGACAGUGUUCAAAAGAGAAGCCUGAUAUCUUUUAAUGGCAGUUCUCAGUCCUCCCAAAAAAUCUCCUCCACUUCAGUGCAUUUCUGUGGCAUUCAGCUGUCACAACAGUGUGGCCAUGUGCUACCACCUCUGCUGGCAAUAGCAGAAUCUGAAACUGGUCAGCUGCUGGUUGAAUGUUUUCUGUUCAACUGUUCAUGUGAUGUGCAGUUGCAUCACUGAGUCUGAGGGGUGUUUAGUAGGAGACGUGCUUAAAUGAGCAUAACAUUUACCCAAACCAGCACAAAGUAUGUCAUUGCAAAUUUCUGUAGAUGAAGGAAUCCCAUUAUAUUAAAGUCUCCCACAAAGAAUUUAAACAAAAAUACUCAUUGUGCAGAAUGGAGUUAAUGAUAUGAACUUUUGAGACUCUACCAGGGUAUCCUGAAGAUCUCUGUCAAGUGUUCUGUUUGUAGAACAUCUGCAUUCAUCACUGAGAGUUUUGCAACUGUGCAUUAAAUACAGAACAUUUAAGAAACACAUUAGCCAUUAAAUUGUUUUUUAUUUUUGUUGUUUUUCUAAGGUGGUAAACUGGUGGGGCUUCAUCAGUACUUUUAUUUUCAAGAAGAAAAGUGUUAUUCAGAGAAUAUAAGAUGUCAUAGUUUUGACUGCAGGUCAGUGUUGAUUUGUAAAUGCUGCAGACAUUUGUGCAGUGACCUCACAGAAUAUUCAGAGGUGACUCUGCAUGCAACCUUGUCCUUGUAGAGCAACUUGGUCAGAAAUUUAAUCUUGAACCAAAGAGGCAAAAUUUUAAAUUCUGUGUUAUAACUAAUCCUGAAAUACCAAAAUAAAAUUUACAAACAUAUUAAAUGGCUACAUUUUGCAUUUAAAUACCUACAUUUAAAGCAUAGUGAACUCCAUGUGAAUAUGUCAAAAUUCAGGCUUUGUGUUGCAGCCUGUCAUUUCACACAUAACAUAUAAUGAAUACAAGUGUUUCAUAAGUCAACACAGCCCAUUGACUAUGAAAAAACAGAAUUAUAAUGAGCCAUCAACUUUUGCUAAAAAUCUAUAUGCAAGUAAAAGUAAAUAUUUUAACAAGAAAGAGUAAACAAACCAAUCCAUAGCAUAAUACAUAAUUUGUUCUCUUUAUGUCAUUAUAUUUUCAAGUAAGUUUAAUGAAGAAAAUUUUAAUAGUACCAUGCCUAUUGAUGUUAUCUAGUAUACCAAAAAUAUGUAUUCUUAAGUAUAACAAAAUGUAUUUGACUUCAUUUGGUUUGUUUUAUGAUGAGAAUUUUAGAUUAUCUGGUCUUCACAGAACUAAUCAUAUGCUAGGUUAUAGUGUUAGCAUAAGCUUAUUAUGGAAGUGUUACAAAUUUUAAUACAUUUAUUCAUGAUUUCAUCAAUAAGUGAAUAUGUUUCAUUUUCUACAUCUUUUUAAAAAUAAGAGCUACAGAUUUUCAAAAGAGCUUUGCAUUCCAGUAGCACAAAGACACCAUUGAAAUAAAGAUUAGCAUAUUUUUUUAGCUGUUGGACAUUUUAUUAUGUUAAGUACAUCAAGAACUUAGCGGACAAGAGCUAGUUUUAAGAGGGCUAUUUUUUUAAACCAAUCAUUUAAAGUUUUGUCUAUUCAAACUAGAAUUCUUAAGAAUACAACCCAAUAAUAUACAGUAUCAAUAUACUUUGAGAAAAGGAUCACGAAAAGUCGUGUUUUCUAAAUUAGUACUUGAUUCCACAAAAUUAUAUUUAUUUAUUUUAAAUGCAGAGACUUAUCAGAAGACCUCAAAGUUCACGGUUAAACAUUUGUAGUUGUCAACAUUGCAGUCUGUUACUUUUAAUGCGAUUUGGUUUAUUCAAUGCCUUAAGAUGUUUCUUGUAUCAGAGGAAAUAUUAGAAAAUACUUGAGAUCUUGAGAAUGUACAACUGUUGCCCUUAGAAAUUCAGAUCAGUUUUCAUUCUUUCUUAGCAAUUCCAAUAAAGCUUUUGGAAAUUUUAUUAACAUUGAAAACACUAAGCCCUGCAUUAUACUUUCUAUUUCUUUAUGUGGUGGUUUGGUCUCUGAAAAAGUCUAAUGUCUGAAACAAAGUUAAAGCUGAUUUUAAAAAGAUCUGUCUCAGGCAGUUAUGAGUAGGAGCUUGAAGCUCACACCUCUGACCAGUUCAGUAUGAUGGAAAACAUGAAAGACUCACUUAAGUUCCCAGAUUUUAAGUACCUGUCUUAGAUGCCUGAGGUUGCACUUCAGGCACUUCAAAAGGAAACACAGGGUGGGAAUAUAGCUUAAGAUCUCUCAAGGUGCACGUGUAUGUGUCUCCCUUUCUCUCUGUUUCUCUAAGGAACUAGAAGUGCUUCUACUUUAGUGCUUUCAUUUUAUCAGGAAUGUGCUUUUUAAGCCAGGCUCCUGCCUACAACCACUCCUGCAAUUUUAUCACAGAGCAGUCGUCAAGCACAUGAGCUAUUUCUUUCAGGAUGACUCUAAGCAAGCAUCCCAGUUCCAGGUCCUGAUGGGCUUUCAGACCAUGCAGCCCAGCUGAAAUUAGUCCAGAGGGAAAAACCCUCCGAGACGUUACCAGCAAGGCUGCCAGGUCCUGGUGCCAACCAUCUCUCUGGCUGUGGCAGCUGCUGCUCGUGCACCAUGGAGAAAAAGCUAAAAAGCUAAAAAAGCUCAGCUUCACAGUGUAGCCCCCUGGAGCUCAGUGCCUGGAGGGGGAUGCUGUGCUGCAGCAAGGGGCAGAAUGAAGCUGAAAAAGGCUGAUGGUGCCUGCAUAGGUUAUUUUGCAUCACUUCUUUCCUCACCACACCACACACUAUUAGCCACAAGCAGGCUACCCCAUGCUGGUCAACCCUCUCCCUGCUGCAUCUUUCUCUCCAUCUGCCACAAACACACACCUGAAUAUUGGCUCUGGGGUCCCCAAGCAUAUUUCCAUGUUCCCUUACUCCUGUUGCUCAGACAGAUGCAAAACUGUACUUAACUACAUAAUGGAACCUCUAAACCUUGGACAGGGAACAGUGUUGAGGUUUAUAGCAAGAGCUUAAGAGUGCUUGAGUGUGUGAUUAACUUUCAGGUUUUAGCAAAUAAAUUCAUAACUGUGCUUAAGUGCUUUCCUGACUUGGAGGGUUAAGUAGAAUUCAAUUUUCCUGAAAUAAGUUCUAUAAUGUCAACACAUUUCUACUUGCUUGGCUCCAUUUUCAGGAAGUCAAGCAGAGACAGUGGUUCAUAGCUUCCUGGAAUCAAAUUUAAAAAACAUUGGAAUGCUGGAAUAAAAAAAAAAAUUCUGUUGAAAUUCUGUAUAUUAUUACAGUGCAUAAUCUAUUGAAAUAUAUUGAACAAUGUAAAAACAAAUGCUUUCAUUUACAUUUCCUAGUCAGUUUUUGCUGUGGUAUACAUGCCUUCCACUUUUAACAAUUUUCUCCACAGGAAUUCCAGCUAUCUGUCACAGAAAUUCUUUUGCAAUUCAGUAUAUACUAAUAUAUAAUGCUGUGUGUAUGUAUGUGGGGAGUGUGUGUGUGUAUGCAUGUGUCUAUAUAUUAGUAUAUACUAAUGGAAUAUAUUCAGUAUAUAUUAAUGAAAGUUACAUAUUAGGCACAACUGUAAAACAGAAGCAUACAUCCAUGAAGCUUUAUAUUUAAAAACUUACAAUACUAUAAAGAAACAUGUGUAUAUUAGUUUGAGAAAUGGCUAUUUUUGCAGGGUAUGCACAAUCUGGAUAUAUGAUAAUAAAUUGAUAAACAUUAACAGAUUUAUUAUUUCAUACCUCCAGGAACUUAAAGAUUUUUUAAAUUAUUCUUAUCCCUUUAGCAUAUUUGCAAUAUAUGUCAUAAAUUUUAAUUUGUUAUGGAUUAAAAUGACUGAAAAAUGUAAUAGAAAGUCCUAUAUAUUUUAUAAAUAUUAAAAAAAUUAAGAAAAGCUAUUCAAAUUAUUUAUUUCAUUUUAGUUAAGGUUUUGUGAUUGUUUGUAAUAUGUAUUUGUGACAAGCAUAAGUCACCUAGCUGUUUAAGCUCAUUAAUGUACCACUAAUAAAAUGCUAUCUUCUGUUU